GUGGACAGGCAGGCAAGCAGGCAGACCUUGGAGCGCGCGGCGGCAGGAGUUGGAGAGAGAUGUGGAUGGGUUACACCGGCGUGUGAGACAUGCAAAUUGCAGAGUCAGGAUGGACGCAGCCAGAACCGAAGGGUGGCGGUGACAGUGCUUUUUGGAUCAUCCCAGAAGAUGAAGGACCAAACUGUCUGAAGAUCCAGAGACAAACAAAAUGCCAUACAAGUUAAUAGGAUCCAACAGUCUGUGAAGUAUGGGAAAUACCGAGAGCCAGAACGGGGACCAUACCCUCUAUGGAAACGAACAUGGCUACUUGUCACGCAAGCACAUGUCUCGGUCUCUUCGCAUCUCCAACAAACAGUCCAGACGCUCGAGACACGCUUCAUCAGGGAAGAUAGAGCACAGAAACUCUGAGACGAGCACACGCUCAAGCAGCACUCCAAGUAUCCCACAAUCCCUAGCUGACAAUGGCCUGGAGCCAUUUAAUGAGACAAGUUUACUCCCAGACUUUGGUAGCCCCAUUUGGGUGGACCGUGUGGCCAUGAACCUGCGCCCUGUGUCCUUUCACAACGACCUGGCCAAUCCAUCAGUGCACAUGAACACGAUGCAUGUAACCCUACCUGGCCCCACUGCAGAAGAAGUGCAAGAUGAGGAUUUGUACACUGGUGAGGUAACAUAUCUCCAGAGAACUCAAGAGGGCCUUAAAGAGACCAUCAGCUUCAAGAAAAAGAGGUCCAAGUCUGCAGACAUGUGGCGCGAUGACAGUCUGGAGUUUUCUCUGUCUGACCUCAGCCAAGAGCACCUGACCAGCACUGAAGAAAUCAUAGACAUGGCCAACGAGAGGGACUUCACUGACUGUGAAGGCCACCUGCAGUCCAGUCCCACAGACUCAGCCGACAGGGCAAACUCCCUUGAUGAGCUUUACAGCCAGAAGAACCAAGCCCGACAGAAAGCCCAACGCCGCUACGCCAAGUGGCGUGAUGGUAACAGGGCUGUGAGGGAGGGAGAGGACGAUAAGAUGCUCUCCCCAUCAGAGGAGGAUGGGAACACCUACAGUGCAUACACCCUUCCCUGCAGGCGUUCACACUGCCUGUCCGAGGGCCUGAGCAGUCACCAAGCUGCCAUGUGUGCCAGUAUGCAGGGCAGGAGGGCGCAGACUAUACAGGAUGUCACAGCCGGGGAGGGCAGCGAGUACGAGGACAGCGGCAUCGACGGGGUGACGGCGGAAGUAGAACACCAGUCCCGGCGCUACAAGACCAUGUCUGCCUCCUUCUCUGUUUGCUCGGCAGCUGGCAGGAGUAUGUUCGCUGGCAGCGACAGCGGCAGCAGCAGCGGUGGCGGUGGGGCUGGCGAGUGCGUGCAGGGCGUGUACGAGAACUUUCGUCAGGAACUGGAGAUGAGCUCCUGCCAGACAGAGAGCUUGGAGGAGGCGGGGUCGGCUCUGAGUGAUGAGCAGAGCACUAUGAGCUCCGCCUACCAGUCUGACCCGUUGCUCAGCGUCGCCCAGGGAAUGGUGCGCAAAGCUGGCAGGCUCGCUGUCAAGAACUUCCUCGUGCAUAAGAAGAACAAAAAAGUGGAGUCAGCCACACGGCGCAAGUGGAAGAGCUACUGGGUUUCCCUGAAAGGUUGCACUCUUUUCUUCUAUGAGACUGAUGGUCGUUCAGGAAUAGACAACAACAGUGUUCCCAAGCAUGCUAUCUGGGUAGAGAGCAGUAUUGUCCAAGCUGUGCCAGAGCAUCCCAAAAAGGACUUUGUGUUCUGUCUCAGCAACUCCUUGGGAGAUGCUUUUCUGUUUCAGACCUGCAGCCAAACAGAGCUGGAGAACUGGAUCACAGCCAUCCACUCGGCAUGUGCCACUACUGUCGCCCGCCAACACCACAGAGAGGACACGGUCCGCCUGCUUCGGGCCGAGAUCAAAAAGCUGGAGCAGAAGAUAGACAUGGACGAGAAGAUGAAAAAGAUGGGAGACAUGCAGCUGUCUGCAGUUACUGACACCAAGAAGAGGAAGACAAUACUGGAUCAGAUCUUCCUAUGGGAGCAAAACCUGGAGCAGUUUCACAUGGAUCUAUUCCGCUUCAGAUGCUACCUGGCUAGUCUGCAGGGUGGGGAGCUUCCCAACCCAAAACGCCUCUUGGCCUUUGCAUCUCGCCCUACCAAGCUGGCAAUGGGCCGCCUGGGCAUAUUCUCUGUCUCUUCCUUCCAUGCACUGGUGGCAGCUCGCACAGAGACCGGAGUGCGAAGGCGAACCCAGGCCAUGUCACGUUCCUGCAGCAAGCGCAAGAGCAGAUUCUCCUCUCUCUGGGGUCUUGACACUACCUCAAAGAAGAAAACAAAAGCUCAUCCCAGUAUCAACCAGGUCUUUGCUGACGGCAGUGAGCCAGCCAAGAAGCCUCUUGAAGGUGUAUUUGUUGAUCCCACCAAGGAACAUGCAAAAAGUGAGGAUGGAACUGUGAAAAGCUUUCCACGUCCAAGCACGGAAAGUGACCUGUGGGCCCCUGACCACCUCACCCCCUCCUGGGUGUGUCUGCCAAAUGACCAGCCAGUCCUAACCAUCAUUCAGCCGGGGGAGUCGGCGCUGUGCGUUCUGGAAACCAUUUGCAAGGCUCACCAGCUGGAUCCUACUAAGCACUACCUGCGGCUCAAACUCCUUAUUGAAAACCAAGUGCAAUUCUACAUUCCCAAGCCAGAGGAAGACGUGUGCGACCUGCUUUACAAAGAAAUUGAGCUCUGCUCCAAAAUAACAAAAGUAAUCCAGUUUGACAGAGAUGAAUCCUGCAUGAUUGGUUACGGUUUCUCCAUUUCAGUGGUAGAGGAGGAUGGAGUACAGCAGCUCUACAUCACCGAUGUGAAGGCAGGCGGGUUAGCCUUCGCCAAAGGUCUAAAUGCAGGGGAUGAAAUACUCCAAUUGAAUGGAAAAGACUCUCAUAGUCUUAACUUCUCCGACAUGAAGGCAGCGUUUUCACAAGCCUCACUUGCUUUGACGGUCAACACCCUCCCUUCUGUGGACCGCCGUCAACUCUGCUACCUGCCACCACGCCGUUCAGACGCAGAGGAAGACCUCUACACAGACAUCUUCUCACAGAGUCAAGAGGAGAUUCUUGAUGACGGUGUGGGACUGUUGCUCGAGAGCUCAGGAGACAGCCUGGAUGACGACUCCGAGCUCUUCCGCGAGUUCGACGAGUGCAGAAAGAGCACAGAGCAAGUCGCUGCUUUCUGCCGCAGUCUCCAUGACAUGAAUCCCUCCGAGUGUGUGUCCUCUUCGCCCAGCCCGGACUCGCCCUUUCCACCUCCUGCAACUCAGCGACAGCUCUCAGAUGCUGACAAGCUCCGCAAAGUCAUUUGUGAACUGGUGGAGACCGAACGCACCUAUGUCAAAGAUCUCAACUGCCUCAUCGGGAGAUAUUUAACACCCCUGCAGAAAGAGACCUUCCUCACUCAGGAUGAGCUGGAUGUUCUGUUUGGAAACUUGCCUGAAAUGGUGGAGUUCCAGGUUGAAUUUCUCAAGACCCUAGAAGACGGGACCAGACUGGUUCCAGAUCUGGAGAAACUGGAGCGAGUGGAUCAGUUUAAGAAAGUCCUGUUCUCCCUGGGAGGCUCUUUCCUUUACUAUGCAGACCGUUUCAAAAUCUACAGUGCUUUCUGCGCCAGCCACACCAAAGUCCCUAAGGUCCUCGUAAAGGCCAAAACUGAUGCUGAUUUCAAAGCCUUCCUGGAUGAGCGCAACCCCAAGCAGCAGCACUCCUCAACACUGGAGUCGUACCUGAUCAAACCCAUCCAGAGGGUGCUGAAGUAUCCCCUCCUGCUGAGGGAACUCCACUCACUCACAGACCCGGACAGUGAAGAGCACUACCACCUGGACGUCGCCAUGAAAGCCAUGAACAAAGUUGCCAGCCACAUCAACGAGAUGCAGAAAAUCCAUGAGGAGUUUGGAGCGGUGUUCGAUCAGCUCAUCACCGAGCAGAGUGGGGAAAAGAAAGAGGUUGCUGAUUUGUCCAUGGGUGACCUGCUUCUCCACACCACUGUAAGCUGGAUCAACCCCCCUACCUCCUUAGGGAAAUGGAAGAAAGAGCCCCAGCUGGCUGCAUUUGUGUUCAAAAUGGCCGUGGUCUUUGUGUGCAAGGAUGGAGCAAAGCAGAAAAAGAAAAUGGGUGGCUCCCAUCGAGUCUCUGUGUCCUCUGAGGAAAAAGACCCCUUCAGAUACCGUCACAUGAUCCCAACUGAGGCCCUACAAGUCAGGUCCCUGACAAAUGCAGACGGCGAAGGCUCUGCUGUGUGUGAGAUAGUCCACACAAAGUCAGAGUCAGAGGGGAGGCCUGAGAGGACGUUUCAGCUGUGCUGUAGCUCUCCAGAGAGUAAAAAAGACUUUUUGAAGACAGUCCAUUCCAUCCUGAGAGAAAAGCACCGCCGGCAGCUCCUUAAAACAGAGAGCUUACCCCUUAACCAGCAGUAUGUGCCCUUUGGAGGGAAGCGUCUGUGUGCCCUGAAGGGAGCCCGUCCUGCCAUAAAUAGAGCAGCAUCUGCCCCGACCAGGACUCUUGGCAGAAGGAAGCUGGUGCGUAACCGUUUCACCAUAGACACAGACAUUGUUUUUGAUGGUGAGCCCGAACAGGAUCUUGCUUCCCCACCAGAAACCGAUUCAAAUCAAACAAAGCAGGGAGGUGGCCCCGAUCAGCCGCCGCAGCAGCAGUCUGAGUUGGCAGGUGAUACAGACCGCUGGGUAGAGGAACAAUUUGAUCUAGAAGGAUACGAGGACCAGGAAGAGGUAAAGGAGACAGACAUCCUCAGCGAUGAAGAUGAUGAGCUCUGCAAGACUUCCAGAGCGCCGCUCGCCGAGGAAGACCUGGAGGCACCUGUCAUGGCUUUAUCCUUGGAGAGUGAGGAAACAGAGGAGAGCGAAAGCAUCAAAUCCCCAACAGUCAGUGAAACAGCUCAUGAUGAUGCCGAGGAUCUAAAGCAAGCGGAGAAAGACGACAUUUGGGUACGAAGGGAGCGAUCAGGUUCUUCCCCCGACUGUGGCACAUAAUGGGCAGGCAGAGAGGGCGUCAGACGGCUCCUAAAAGAUCAGUCAUCAGUCUUCACAAACAAUGCAUGGGCAUUGACGUAUAUUGCAGAGCUAGUAGAAGAUUAUAGCCUUCCUUACCUUACUUUGCUGAAUGCUUUUUGUACAGGUAGGAUCAUCAGUGGAGCAAUACAGGAAUCCAGAGUGAGGGAGCUUUAUCCCAAAUAAAAUGCUGUUACAUUAAAGUCUAGUGUAAGCUUUGAGAGAUGAACUAAUGGUACAAUCAUGGAGUCUAAUCAGUUGCUUUGAUUGGCAUGGUUUGCACAUUUGGGCAGCAUCCUAUAGUCCUGCCUGCUGUUUCCAAAUUUGGGUAUUGUGAGAACAUUAAUAUUCGUUUGUCCGUGUGACUCAGAGAUAUUAUCAUAGUUAAGGGCUGUAUAUUUUUGGUCCCUAAAUAAAUAGAAUAAAUUUGCUAAGGACAGUCAUGUCUUGCAUAGUUAACUGUACUUGUACAUUUUUUUCCACAUAAAUAUAAACACUGACAUGUUAUUGAAUACUGUUCUUGGUUCUGUAUACUAUUAUCUCUUGUUUUACAGUUUAAAAGCUAUCUUUUAAAACUAGAAUAUAUUUUGGUUGUUCUCUUGUUACAUUGAAUAGUUGAAUAACCCUGAUGUAACAGUCAUUAGGGGGAUUUUUUUAUUUGUUUAACUUAACAUAAUCCUGUUUUACUUGAAUUUGCUAUUCCAUGUUUUUGUUUACUGUGAAACAAACGUCUCAUAUUUUACUCUUCAGUGUUGUCAUCAAAGAACGCUCAAUGUUACAUUUCAUUUUAUACACUGUGUGUACACUCUGUAUUGUAGAGACUUUCCACAUCAGCUGUGUGUUAAAGGUUGUGUGUGUUCAGACAGAUCGUUCACUGAUAAUGGAUUACAACUAAAUGAUUUUUUUUUUAUUUAUUCACAUGUAAAUUAAUUUGUUUGCAAAAACAUAAGUAGUCAUGUUUUCACAAAGAGAGUCCAAAUUUGCUCAUGCAAUCAAGGGGAAAGUCUUGCAGUAUGGCUGAACAGUGAAAGAAGUCAUACUUGUGAACAACUCAUUGUGCUACUAAGACUGCAUUUUUAUUACUGUGUGUAUAUAGAAAAAUGUAUUGAUAUCAUAAUAAAUACAAUUGUUUCCUACUUAUAAAUCAAAA